AAUACAUACGCUUCCUUUUCUUUCACAUUAACACACUCUUUAAAUCUCUAAUCUGUACUCUCACCCUUUCUUUGCUGCCAUUUAUUGUUUUGUUGAGUUGAGUUGGCAUCAUCACUAGUCAAAGAUGAAUGCUCUUCUGUGUUGAUGUUAAUGUUGGUUUGGUAGACACAAUGACGGAUAAGAAGAGAUGGUUAUGGAAGCGAAAGUCUUCCGAGAAGAGUUCGGGCGAAGCUGAGAGUUCGGGAUCUGUUUCCUCUCAUUCUGAGAGGUAUUCUGAUGAACAGGAAGUAUCAAAAGAAUCUUCUAAUGGAAGCAGUCAUUCACCUGAUGUCACCUCAAAAGCUGUAGCCUGUGCUGAAGAUGUAGACGAUAGUUCAGUUAUGAACGAACAGCUGCAUGAUGAAGUUGCACUGACACCUCUUUCUACAUGCAUCGAAAAUGGCAUUACAUCAGAGAUAGAUAAAAAUGGAGACGAUAUUUCAGUUAUCAAUGAACUGCUUCCGGAUAGAGUUGCAUCGACACCUCUUUCUACAUGCAUCGAAAAUGGUGGUUCAUUAGAGGUAGAUAAAAAUGGAGACAAUAGUUCAGUUAUCAAUGAACAGCUGCCUGAUAGAGUUGCAUCGACACCUCUUUCUACAUGCAUAGAAAAUGGCGGUUCAUUAGAGGUAGAUAAAAAUGGAGACGAUAAUUCAGUUAUCAAUGAACAGCUGCCUGAUAGAGUUGCAUUGACACCUCUUUCUACAUGCAUUGUAAAUGGAGGUUCACUCGAAGUAGAUAAAAAUGAAAAUAUAUUGAAUGGAAAAGAAGGUGAUCGAAAUGACGGGUCGAGGGAUAUAUCUGAGAAGCUAUCUGCUGCUCCUGUUAAUGUCAAUGCCAAAGAAGACUUGGUUAAGCAGCAUGCAAAAGUUGCUGAAGAAGCCAUAGCAGGCUGGGAAAAGGCUGAAAAUGAAGUAGCAAAUUUAAAGAAGCAACUCGGCACAGUCACCCUCAGGAAUUCAGCUCUUGAAGAUAGAGUCACGCAUCUAGAUGGAGCACUUAAGGAGUGCGUUAGGCAGUUAAGACAAACAAGAGAAGAGCACGAAGCAAAUAUUCAAGAUGCCGUAGCCGAAAAGACUCACGAAUUGGAAUCUGACAAAAUUAAACUCGAGAGCAAGCUCAUUGAGCUCCAGAACAAAUUAGAUGCUUCAAAUGCCAAAUCUUCUAUUGAGCGUGAUAUGCGUCAAAAGGUUGAAUGGUUGGAGAAAGAGAAAAUGUCUCUCAGGCAUGAGAUCCUAGUUCAAUCAGAAGAGCUGAAAAUCAGAACUAUUGAGAGGGAUUUAAGCACUCAAGCUGCUGAGACAGCUAGUAAGCAACAUUUAGAGAGCAUCAAGAAAGUUGCCAAGCUUGAGGCCGAGUGUCGGAGACUAAAGAGCAUUGCUUCUAGAGCAUCGCUAGUUAAUGAUCAUAAAUCCAUUGCUUCAUCCUCAUUUUGUGUUGAAUCUCUCACAGAUAGUCAAUCAGAUAGUACAGACCGGCUUACUACGGUGGAUUGUGAUAUCCAUAAGAUGAGUGGUUCAGAGCUAAACAGGUGUGAACCAAGUUGUUCCGACUCAUGGGCAUCUGCACUGAUUGCUGAGCUUGAUCAGUUCAAGAAUGAAAAGUGCUGCCGACAAGAUCCAUCCGGUUCUGUUAAAAUAGAUCUAAUGGACGACUUUCUUGAAAUGGAACGACUCGCUGCAUUGCCUGAGACGAAGAAUGAAAGUGUUGUUGAGGAGUCUGUUGUUGCCAAUCAAUGCAUUGACAAAGAAAGCGCACUUAGAGCCGAGUUUGACAUCAUGAGUCAGCAAAUGGAUGAACUAAAAAUGAAGUUAGAGAAGGUGGAAGCAGAUAAAGCUGAACUUGGGAUAGCUUUGAUGAAAAGCGAAGAGUGUAUCGAGGAGUCACGACUUCAGUUGAGUGAGGCAAUACUGAAACUGGAGGAGCUUCAAACAGAGCUAGAAAUUGCGUACAAAUCAAAGCAAAAGUUAGAAAAUCGCCUAAUGAGCAUGGAGGCAGACACUCAAACACUAUCUUCCAAGGUCGUUUCGUUAGAAGCAGAUGUUGAUAAGGAAAGGGCUGUGUCGCACAAAUUUGCAAUGAAGUGUAAGGACCUUGAAGAAGAGUUAGAAAACAAAUCUGCGAUGCUUGGCUUAUUAGAAGCUGAGGUUGAUAAGGAGAGGAGCGUGUUGCAUGAAAUUGCAAUAAAAUGCGAGGGCCUUGAGGAAGAGCUAGAAGGAAAAUGUGCAAAGGUUGACUUGUUAGAAGCAGAGCUUGUCAAGGAGAGGAUUGCGUCACAUGAAAUUACAGCCAAGUGUAACGACCUUGAGGAAGAGCUAGAAGGCAAAUCUGCUAAGGUCAACUUGUUAGAAGCGGAGGUUGUUAAAGAAAGGGCCGUGUCAGAUGAAAUUGCAGCCAAGUGUAAGGAUCUUGAAAAAGAGCUAGAAAGCGAAUCUGCAAAGGUUGUCUUAUUAGAAGCCGAGGUUGAAAAGGAGAGGGUGAUGUCUGAAGAAAUUGCAUUGAAGUGUCGGGAAUUGGAGGAAGAGAUACUCAGGCCAACGACUAAUUUGUAUGGAGAAAAGAAAAUCAAGCAGGAGGACCUAGCACUCGCUGCCGGAAAGCUUGCUGAGUGCCAGAAAACAAUAGCAUCUUUGGGGAAUCAGCUAAAGUCUCUGGCUACACUUGAGGAUUUCCUUAUUGACACUGCUGGAAUUCCUCCAAGUCCAUCACUCAUUGCUCAUGCUGGUGGAGAGUUGUGGAAGAUGCAUUCAAAUGUCACAUUUUCACCUAAAAGAGAUUCUACUUCUUCUAGAUUGGCUGAUGGUAGCUCUGGUCCAUCCCUAAACCAAAAUGAGGAAAGCUCGCCACUUUCAUCGUCUUCUUCGACUUCAUCAUCAGCCUUGCCGAAUCAUGCCAGUUCUGAGAAGAGUCGAAAUGGUUUCGCAAAAUUUUUCUCGCGAACCAAGAGUGGUAUUCGUUUAGAAAUUUAGAUUAAAUGGAAGUAGUAAUUCUUUUACUCCAGUUGUAGACAGGUUCAUUUUGUCAUCCAAUGAAAAAACCCAAUUUCACUUA